ACACAAAUCGGCAGGGUGUAUGUCUGACAUCAGGGACAGCGGAUUUGUACUUAUUUAUAACAACAUUUAAUUCCCAUCUGAAAAACAAGUAAGAAUACAAUAAUCCGAGAUAGUAUAGAGAUGUUCUCUGCGCAGAGGCAGUGAUUUUGAUGAGACAUUAACAGUAUAUGACUUUCUACACAAGCAACUCCGUGCUAAACAGGCAGGCAGGUUACUGCAGAGAUUUCAGACAUUCAUAUAGCACUAUGCUAUUCAGAUUUUGGGGUAUCUAUUAACAUUGUCUACCUUUUCAGAUAAGAUGUUGGCUGGUAUAUUUAGAAGACCCAUCCUUACUGCUCACAAGCAAAUGUCCUGCCUGUCUGCUGGUGCCUCAGCCAGGGUGUCUGAUGCCUCCUAUAGUUCCUGUCCCCUGUGGCCCUGCAGGGUCUCCUCGGCCAGGCUGCUCCCUAAAAUAAGUGAUGCUGUUGGUGUAUUGAGGAACCAGUACUUCCACAGCUCUGCUGCGAGGCUGAAGAAACGACAACAACCAGAGCCUCCACCCAGAGAAUUGGACCUGCUCCGUUAUGACAUGAGAGACCUGGGAAAGAGCCCCAAACCAGCGCUGUACCUGAGCCUCUCCAGCCUUAUCCCUUUCAUCGCUGCUCCGCUCAUCAUGGCUGUGACCGAGACCUACCUGCCAGAAGUGGCCUUCGCCCAGGUGGCCUAUGGAGCGUCUAUCUUGUCUUUUCUGGGCGGUGCACGGUGGGGCUUUGCCAUCCCGGAGACUAGCCCGGCCAAGCCAGACUGGAUCAACCUGGCCAAUAGCGUGGUUCCAUCCCUGUUAGCCUGGCUGGCCAUGCUGUUCAGCGACACUAUUACCCCAGCAGCUAUGAUGGUCAUCAUGGGGCUAGGCAUCGCCCUACACUAUGACCUGUCUCUGCUGCCCACCUACCCCAGCUGGUUCAAAGCCCUGCGUACUAUAUUGUCGGUGGUGGCCUUCCUCUCACUGGUGGCCACACUGGUUCUCAAGGGAGUUUACCCGGAGAAGAAGAUAUUCUCAGAGCAAUGAAUUCAUGCUACAGAGUACAGACACAUUUGUAAUUGAACAUAUUUUAAGUGUGAAUGGAAAGAUCUCUAAAAUGGCAAAGUGUUUGUGAUGGCAUAUGCUUGAUUGUGUUAUUUAUGGUACUUAAAAAUGUCUGACUGAUACUAAAUGUGUAUCCUUUAGGCUCUGGUUCUGGCAAUACUGUAACGAGCUGGUGGUACGUUUCAGACAUCUGCUGUAUAUCCAUGUGGUGGUGUGUCAUGCAUUAUUAUUGCAGAUAAUAAAACAAUGGAAUGGCG